UUCUAGGCGUUUCAAUUGGGGUUAGCACCCAAGUCGGUACCUCCACCUCACGUAAACGGGGAUUUUCUGGUGGCUAUCGGAUUGGAUUCGUUCCGUUGGAAGCUAAAGGAGACACAACAGUGAAUGACAGUCGGAGUCAAUGCCAUGGAGGCACUUGGAGAGGUUACGCGCGCUUUGCCCUACAGAUUACUUGCGCCCUUCAGGUUGCUGGCCGAAACGUCCUCCGAUUCCGACCCCGUCGACGCUGUCAUCUUCGUCGGACUGUCUUUGGUGCUCGGAAUUGGUUCCAGGCAUGUUCUGGGCGGCACCAAAUUCCCUUACACUGUUGCUUUGCUCAUCAUCGGAAUCGCUCUUGGAUCUUUAGGUUUGCGUCAUCUUCACUUUCACCGUUCUUUAGCUUAGCAUCAGUUAAAUUGUUUGCUCUUGACGCACAGGCACGGAGCCCGAGAAUAAGCAAGUACCAUUUAAAAAUAUAUAUGGUAAAAAUAAGUCUUUUUACUUAUUUAUAAGAUUAAAAUUUUAACAUCUUA